AUGCCUUCGAUCCAACAUAUUCAAACAGUGCCCCCCCACGGGACGGGGUCGUUUCAAUGCGACUAUCUCGGCUGCAAUGCGGCCCCGUUUCAGACGCAGUACCUACUCAACUCCCACGCCAACGUCCACUCGCAGAAUCGCCCCCACUUCUGCCCUGUGCCUGGAUGUGCACGGGGCGAGGGUGGGAAGGGGUUCAAGCGUAAGAACGAGAUGAUUCGGCAUGGACUCGUCCACGAUUCACCCGGAUAUGUUUGCCCAUUCUGUCCAGAUCAGGAACAUAAAUAUCCAAGGCCGGAUAACCUUCAACGCAGGCACGUGCGAGUACACCACAGCGAGAGAAACAAAGAUGAUCCAGCGUUGAGGGAGGUGCUUCUACAGCGACCGGAGGGAGGUCCCCGAGGCCGGCGAAGGCGAACGGGCGGGUAA